AAAUUGUUGGUAAGGCAAUUCGAAUGACGAUAUUUCAAUGAUUUUAUUAAAUAUCUGGUUUUGAUUGAAUAGACCUGUUGAAUCACAGUUUCAAUGACCAUAAUGAGUAAUCAGAUAUAUAAUGUACAGACAAUACCUCCAGAUCUACGUAGGGAGGAGACCAUCCUGCAAAUAGCAGAUUCAUUAGACUAUCUAGAUAAAGUAGCCAAUGAUAUUUUCAAAAGAAUUACCGCAAAAGUUGGUGACAACACUAGUCGACUACAAAAAGUUAAUGAUAGAGUUAGGCUGGCUGAGGCCAAGGUGAACAAAUUAACUGGAAGUAACAAAGCUACUAAGGUUCAUGCAAGUGCCAAGUAUCCUAUAGCUGAAACAUUAGAAGAAUAUACAAGUACUUUUGGUAAAGGUGCUAAUUUACGUGAACCCAAGCAUCCUCACUAUAGAUUACAAAGUAAACAUCAGAAUGUGGAUGACAGAGUUUUUCGUGAUAAGUUACAGUAUUAUAAUGUACAUUUGAAUGUUAAAAAACGUGCCCGAGAUGGUAAUAAUAUAGAAGAAGGAUUAGGAGGGUUACCAAAAGGUCUACCAUCUGUCAGUUCUUUAUUAUUAUUCAAUACAUCAGAAAACCCUUACAAGAAGUAUGUAAUGUUAGAUCCAUUAGGUGUUGUUACUAAAACACGAUCAACAUUGGAACACGACGAGGCAGGGCUUGCUGAUGCUCCCAGCACUAUUGCACAGAGUGAAGAAAUGUUACAACUGAAAACUGAAAGUUAUUCUUACAUGCCAGAUAUUGGAGAGGUUCCCGAAAUUGCUGUUCCAGAUUUCUUACCAAAUUUAUUAGGUGUUGCGGAUGAUUUGUCUUUUGAUGCCAUUCCAUCAGGACCUGCUGAAUUACCAGGAGUUGUACUAGAUGUAUCAGGUGGACCCCCACCACCAGGGCCGCCUCCCCCUGGCCCCCCUCCACCUCCUCCACCAUCAGGACCCCCUCCCCCACCCCCUCCUCCACCUGCUGAGGCACCUCCUCCCCCUCCUCCUGGACCACCUCCCUCCAUUCAGAUACAGGAUGCUCCUCCAGAAGUCUCAGCUCCAUCAGAUGGAAGAGCAAGUCUUCUAGAUUCCAUUAGAAAUGCUGGUGGUCUUAAGAAAUUAAAGAGUGGUAAAGAUAGAAAGAUUGCCAGUAAAAAGAAGAAGAAAGAAGAGACUGAGUCUGGAGCAUCCUCGGCCAGUGCAGGAGGUGGUGGUGAUUUAAUGAGUGAUUUAUUUUCUAAGUUGACUAUGAGGAGAAAAGGAAUAUCUGGUACUGGAAAGCCAGAGAAAUCUGAAUCCUCAGUGACCAGUGGAGGGGGAUCAGCAAUGGAUAAGAUAUCAUCCAUGAUUCCUGCACCACCGGAACCAUCAGAAGAUGCCUCAGCUGGUGGUGAUGAUGAUGACUGGGAUUAA